AUCUCAGAGCUAUGUGAGAGAAACAAAGGGACAAGCCAAUUAGACGAUUAUGUACUACCAACCCCUCAAUUGAGAAACCCCGCAUCCCCGGUAGCUCGGAUAGAUACAUACUGCGGGAGCUAUCCCGGCCUCGAGACGGGAGCUCCUCCAUCUGCCCCCUCCUGAUUACCUCUCUCUGCCUUGUAUCAGCUCCACGGUCGUCGAGACGAAGAGAGAUCUGCAACGGAUUUAUCGGCUUUGUGGCAUCUCUGGGUAUUCCUGUGCGUUUGGCCUACCCUCUCUUACGGUGAACAAUCUUGCCCGCUUCCAGCUCCGUAAUCAUUACGAGUCCAUUACGAGGCCUAAGCAUCGACAUCGUCAGCCUUCGAUAGCUACUCAUUCACCUAUUCGCAAUCCUACCCCUUCGUACGCUAGCAUAAAGACGUCGGCUACCCGUUGCGAGGAGGUUCAGAACUGUUUCCCCCCAACCAAUCCGUCCCAAUGUCUCUCUUCGGCACAUCUCCGACGGAAGAGUCUCCACCGAUGGAGACUCCCAACCGCGGCCGCUCGCGCUCCUCACUCUUCGACGACGAGGCCAACGCGACUAAACCGACAUCGAGUGCGCUCUUCCAGGACGACGAUAGCAGCGGUGGCUCUCCGUGGGACAUGCCUUCUCCCCGGAAGCAACAGACCCGCGCCAAUGUCCUCCGAAACCUCAUCCCUGCGACAGACGCCCCGGAUAGCUACCUCGACACCUUCGACACUAUAGUUCGUGAAGAUGGCGCCGGCGCCGGCCGGGCUACCGCUGGUGGUGUUGCGCGGGUAUUGGCAGCUGCACACCUCAGCGCCGACGAUCAGGCCCGAAUCAUGGGUUUUGUAGCGCCCGGCGGGGUUGGCGGCGACUUCGGACUCGGCAGGGACGAAUUCAAUGUCAUGUUAGCGCUCGUCGGCCUCGCCCAGGAAGGCGAAACCGUCAGCCUCGAUGGCGUCGAUGAGCGUCGGCGAAGUGAGUACCUGCCCAUGCGUCACAUCCUCCCCAUCAUUCCCUUAUCUUAUCUUGCGGAUCGACCGACCUCUCAGAGCGAUCUGGGAGCUUUGUCGUUACUUGAUUUCCAUUAAUUCA